AGAAGUAUGAGAAAACCCUCUCAUUACUCACGGGUGUACUGGAUUAUGGAAGUUUCAAAGAUGUGGAUUUGGUCAUUGAAGCAGUUAUCGAGAAAGUAUCCUUGAAACAGCAAAUAUUUUCUGAUCUUGAGAAAUAUUGCUCUAGCAGUUGUAUACUUGCUUCUAAUACAUCAACAAUUGAUCUCAAUUUGAUUGGAGAGAAGAUCAGGUCCCAAGCUCGAAUUGUGGGUGCACAUUUCUUUAGUCCUGCUCAUAUAAUGCCACUUCUGGAAAUAGUCCGGACGAAGAAAACGUCUCCACAAGUUGUUCUAGAUUUGCUUGAUAUUGGGAAAAAGAUUCGAAAAACCCCCAUUGUAGUUGGCAACUGUACUGGAUUUGCAGUUAAUAGGAUGUUCUUUCCCUACACUCAGUCAGCACUCUUACUUGUUGACUACGGUCUUGAUGUGUAUAAGAUUGAUCAAGCAUGCACCAAAUUUGGAAUGCCAAUGGGCCCUUUCAGAGUAGCUGAUCUGGUUGGCUUUGGAGUUGCAGUUGCUACUGGCAUGCAGUAUCUUGAGAGCUUUCCUGACCGAGUCUACAAGUCCAUGCUAAUGUCAAUUAUGAUCGAAGAUAAAAGGACAGGUGAAGCUACAGGCAAGGGAUUUUAUAAAUAUGAUAACAAAAGAAAGGCCAGUUCUGAUCCGGAAAUAUUGAAGUAUAUUGAGAAAUCAAGGAACAUUGCUGGAGUUACCCCUAAGCCUGAGUUGAUCAAGUUAUCAGACAAAGAUAUAGUGGAAAUGGUUUUCCUCCCAGUGGUCAAUGAAGCCUGCCGGGUCCUUGACGAGGGAAUUGCUGUCAAGGCAUCUGACCUUGACAUUGCUUCUAUCAUGGGCAUGGGUUUCCCUCCUUACAGGGGUGGUGUAAUGUUUUGGGCCGACUCUCUUGGAGCAAAAUACAUCUUUGAAAGACUGGAUUCAUGGUCGAAGAUAUAUGGUGAUUUCUUCAAGCCUUGCUCUUACCUUGCAGAAAGGGCGGCCAAAGGCAUUUCCUUGGGUGCCCCUUCCAUUCAAGACAAUGCUCGGCUGUAGUAGACAGGUUAUCAGUACAUCCUAUCCAGAAAUAUCGGAAUUCAUCAGCAACAUAUGCCUCUUCCCAUGGCCAGGUGCAUCACUUUGUUGUGAUGAUAAACAAUUAUCUUGGAUUUCGUUACCAUCAGUUUGCUACUUAGUGUAUGUUAUUCUAUCUGAACAUCUGUCCCUUGUAGGAUGAUUACAUGUUUGUGGUAGUUCAAUUGCUCUUAAACAGAGUCCUGUUAUUGAAUAAAACUUAAAAAGUGUUAUAGAUGUAAUGAGGUCAAAUUUCGUUGCAAAACACGGAAGUUACUGUUUA